UAGUCAAUAUGUCCGUCCGUCAUUUGCUUCGCUAAAAAAGGCAGAAACGGGAAAUGUUGGCAAAUUAGCGACGAUAAAUUCUUAUUAUCUUUUUAUUUUACUAAUUUACGCUUUGCUUUGUGCCAAAUUGUGUAAACCGUGGCGUGGAUCUUCUUAGAUGUGAUAUUUUGGUGUUAAAUUCGAUUACAUCUGGUACGCGAGAAAAUGGAUGCUUGUUCUUAAUUCAAAAGUUUCAGACAUACUAUGGCAUCUGGAACAUCAUCAUUGGAGAGUAAUGGCAGUAAUGAGUCCAUCACCCACAACUAUGUAAGCACAGAGCGUCACAAUCCUCCACCGCUACCAACCAUCCCGAUUCCAAUAGAGUAUGACCACAUAACGACCAAUCAAUAUCACGAUAAGAACUACAAGAGCCAUGGGUCCCACGCCAUGAGCGGCCCUUACGAGGGGCUUUCCUAUGACGUCAUAAAUAAACAGACCAAUGAGAGCUUGAAGCAGCAAUGCGAGAAGGCGAUGCACGAGUUGAACCAGUUAAGACGACAACAUUCGGAAACUUCGCGACGUUGUGAUCAUGUUAUGAAGGAAUUGGAAUACGUCCGCGGACAGCACCGCGCCGCCAUGAAUCAGCUGGAGGUGUCUGCGCAGGAGGCUAGCAGUCUGCGCGGCAAGUACGGCGAUCUACUCAACGACAACCAACGCCUGGAACGUGAAGUUCAACACCUGCAGCAAACCACAAGCCCGGACGGUAACUCUGACGCCCUGGUACACACUUUGAGGAAACACGAGGCACUAAAGGAGGAGCUCGAGUGUUACCAGAAGCGAUAUGAGGACCUGAUCGAGAAUCACAAUGCUACACAGGAGAAAUUGCAGAUUUUGCAAGAAGAGAACGCCAGACUGAAGACGCAAUGUCACGAUUUGACACAAGAAAGAAAUGUCGUGAUCCGCGAACGCAACGCGCUGAAGCAGCAGGUGGCCAGCAUGGUGCGGCAGUGGGAGGUGCCGCGCCACCAGGCCGACAUCAAGCGCCUCACCGACGAGCGCAACGCCGCCAUGCAGGAGUACUCGCUCAUCAUGAGCGAGAGGGACACAGUGCAUAAGGAAAUGGAGAAGUUGUCGGAUGAUCUCCAGGCGGCGCUGAAGCGUGUCGCCGCCCUCGAGUCUGCACUGCAAGCCUCCAGGGAGGAACAGAGAGCGACUGCCUUGCAGGCGGAGAGUCUGCGGCGCGAGAUCGAGUGCGCAUUGGUGGACCGCGACCGAGCCAUCAAGGAGUGUUCAGACCUCAAGACGCCCAUCAACAACACCACCAACCAUAAGUCCCGACAAGACAACUCUGCGUACCACCACUUGGGAUUAACGAGCGGCGUCGGCAACGAUGCCUUCCUCAACGGACAGUCCAACGACCCCUCGCUCGAUAAGCUGCAAGGCGGGGGGUCCAGCGCGAGCAAGGAGCGCGUGGAGACUCUGGAGCAGGCCAACCAGGAGCUGGAGAGGCUGUGCAAGGUCGUGCAGAGGCUGCACCACGACCUCGCCGACGCGCAGCAGGAGGCAGAGGUGUCCAAACGAAGAAGAGACUGGGCGUUCUCGGAGCGAGACAAGCUUCUUCAAGAACGAGAGAGCGUCAAAGCUCUGUGCAAUAGACUGAGAAAGGAGCGCGACCAGAUGGUGGGCGAGCUGGCCGAGGCGCGGCGCAGCUGCAAGAAGGGCGACGCGGGCGCCGACGCCGCCAGGGCCAAGGCGCUGGCGCACUCGCACGCGCACCACGCCGACCUGGACCUGCAGGAUUACGAAUGGGAUAUAAUAGACGUGGAGCUGAACGGCCUGAGCAAGGACGGGGACCUCGGCUUCGAGCUGUCGGGGGGCAGGGAGGAACCCUACUACCCCAACGACUGCAGCAUCUACGUCACUGCCGUCAAGAAGGGAUCUGUAGUCGAGGGAAAGAUCAAAGUGCUGGACCGCGUGAAGGAGGCGUGCGGCGUGUCGGUGUGGGCCAGCGGGCAGGCGGCGGCGUCGGCGCUGCGCGCGGCGCUGCAGCACGGCGCCGGCGCCGCCUCGCUGCGCCUGCAGCGCGCCAAGGCCAAGCGCACCAUCGUGCGCCUGCCCGACCCGCACGGCGUGUCGCUGCACCACGGUGUCUUCAUCAGCAAGAUCGCGUGCGGCAGCGUCGCGGCCAAGGAGGGCACCGUCUUCGUCGGCGACCGCGUCGUCAGCAUCAACAACAGGUCGCUGGAAGGCAUCAAGAGCGCGUCGGAGGCGAUGGUGCUCCUCAACGACUGCCAGUACGACUCCGUCGUGUUGACGGUGCUGCGGCCGCUCUAUCCGUGCUGUGAUACUCGAGAUAGUCGGCUUUCGAUGUACGACCAAUCGUACAGCGACAACAAGAUGGUGAACAUUUGCUCGCAGACCGAAGAGACGUAUGGUCAAUUCGUGCCGCCGCCACCUGACGCCAAGGUUCACAUUGACCAUGGAGUGCCAGACUUUGACCGGCGGUACGUGUACCACGUGGCGGCCGGUAGCCAGGGCAAGAUACACCAGGAGAGAGGUGCAUGGGACAUGAUACGCGGCACGAUCGAAGCUGUCACCGGUAGGAGCAAAUCGAAGGACAAACAGAAUAAGGUGCCAGAAUCGGAUGCUAUAGCUGAGCUGGAUUCAGUUAUUGACAGCUAUCAUGGCAAAACCGCCAAAGAAACGAGUAGCGUCCUAAAACGCUCUCGUAGAAAGAAUAAAGAGUCACAAAAUGACUCCAAGAACGGAGGAACAUGGCCAAAAGCACGAGCCAACUUUAUUCUAGAAGAGAAUUCAACUGGGACAAUCGUCCAGCCCAGGGCAAGGAAGGAACGUCCCCCAUUAUCAAUUCUACUGAGUCCUCCAACAAAACUGCCUCCUGAACCACAGCGAUCUAACACAAACAGAAACUCAAACCCAAUACCUCUCGGGCAUUCCCCUUUAACUCAAGUCACUGCACCAGCCAGACAUUCUGUAUACAAGUCUAUUGAGUCAUCUCCAGCUAUCGAGCACUUCCCAAAACCUGCACCACUUACUAUUCAUAACCCUUUCGCAUCACCAAACAACUUCGAGAAGAUCAGAACCUUAGAAAAGGACAAAAUGUCGAUGAGUGAUUACGAACACGAUAUGGCCCCCAAUCGUCUUAGCUUAGUUCUCAAUCCUUCAGAUGAUUCCUUGGAUUAUCAACCAGUGACUAGAAAUAGAAAUAAAAGCCCACAUUCUUUAGAUUUCAACGUGAAUAAAGGGCCGAGCUCUCUUGAUUUUGUGACUCGAAAAUCGCCCAGUUCAUUAGAUCAUUCUAUGAAAAACCACCCCGGAAAAGACAUAUUGGAACAGUACUAUUCAAAAAAGGCAUCAUCCCCAAAAACAGUAAAUAAAUAUCCAUCAGAUAGUGACAGUUUCGGGCCUGAGAGUUUGAAUAGCAACGCUAACUUCCCAAUGACUGGAACCUUGCCUUCGCAGUCAAGACUUCAAUCUCAGUAUUACAGAGGCCCGUUCGUCAACUCAAAUCCUCACACAUCGAGAUAUCCGCACCUUGCUAGUCCCACAAAUAUACCACAAAGUCAAUCCGGAGAAAGUAUUGGAACGAGUUACGAAAUGCAUUCAUUCACUUCGCAUACGCACAAUAUGUCAGAUUUACAGUCGGUUCCAAGAGCGAAUAGAGCUGAUUAUCCUCAUGCAUAUGAAGGUGGAACAUUUCCACGAAAAAAGGAAAACCAGAGGUUUCGGAUUCCGUCCAAUCCUAGUGUGACUUCUAAGAAUUCUGCUGGGAAACUUAGCACUGGAUCCAUCGAAAGAAGUUCAGAAAGAAACUCUCCAAUGCCGACAUUUCAUGUGGAAGUCUUAAGUCCGGGUCGUGGAGCCAAGCCAAUACACAAAGGAACAAGGAAUUCUAUGCCAGAAUACUGUGGUCUUGGUUGGAAUAAACCUUUGCCGGGGGAACUAAGAAGAGUUCACAUUGAUAAAAGUCAGCAACCUCUUGGGAUACAAAUCUGCUGUCCACCGAGUGGAGGCGGAGUUUUCGUAUCUACCGUUUACGACAAUUCUUUAGCUAGCCAAGUUGGGCUAGAAAUAGGCGAUCAGUUGCUGGAGGUUUGUGGGAUCAAUAUGAGAUCAGCGACGUAUAGCUUGGCAGCUAGUGUACUGAGACAGAUAGGAAACUCCAUAACGAUGCUCGUGCAAUACAGUCCCGAGAAGUACAAGGAUGAAGUCGAAGUUCCUGGCAGCUCGUCGUCUGGGGAUAGUUCUCACGAUGAAGAAGUAUCUUUAUCCGGUUCGCCGACACCGAGGAAUUCUCCAGGACCCCAGCAGUCUUUGAGGUUGGAGGCUCCUGCGAACGAACAGACGAUGAAUGCCACACUUAGUAGACAGUCGAGAGAAACCAACAAAGACUUACCGAGGUUCUUGUUAAUAGAAAUGCGGAAUCGUUCAGACCUUGGCAUAAGUCUUGUGGGAGGAAACGCCGUGGGGAUCUUUGUACAUAGUGUCCAGAUAGAGUCUCCUGCGUAUAUAGCCGGCCUGCGCACUGGAGAUCAGAUCUUGGAGUACAAUAAUGUGGACUUGAGGCGCGCAACUGCUGAACAGGCUGCUUUGGAGUUGGCUAAACCCGCGGAUAAGGUGAGCGUUUUAGUCCGUCACGAUCUUCAAGAGUACCACAAAAUAAAAGACAAGCCCGGCGACGCGUUCUUCAUCCGCGCGGGCUUCGACCGAUGUGCCAAGAUCACCUCUAUUGGCGUGGACACCAUAGACGAAUAUUCUCUAUGGUUCCGCAAAGACGAAGUGUUGUUCGUGGACAACACUUUGUACAACGGUGCACCCGGGUUGUGGCGUGCGUGGCAACUUGAUGGUAGGGGUGUAAAACGACAUUGGGGAACAAUACCUAGCAAAUUCAAGGUGGAAGAGGUGCUCCGGCGGUCGACGGGCACGCUGGAGAGCGAGGCGCAGCGGCGCGCGUCCACGACGGCGCGGCGCUCGUUCUUCCGGCGCAAGAAGCACCGCGACAGCAAGGAGCUGGCCUCCUUCUCCAACACCGAGCUGGGCUGCUGGAGCGACUCGGGCACGCUGGCCGACGACGUGCCGCUGCUGUCGUACCAGCGCGUGGAGCGGCUGGACUACGGCAACCACCGGCCCGUGGUGGUGCUGGGCCCGCUGUGGGAGUGCGUGGCCGCCAAGCUGGUGUCGGACUGGCCGUACGUGUUCGGGCGCGUGCGCAGCGAGCCCGUGGCCGUGUGCGGCGCCGCGCCGGCGCUGCAGCGCGGCACGCACCUGGAGCCGCGCCCGCGCCGCGACUCCACGCACUUCGACUGCAUCCCGCUGCAGGCCGUCCGGGAGAUGGCGGAGAAGGGCAUCCACUGCAUCCUGGACAUAAGUGUAGCGACAAUCGAGAAGCUCCACAAACAGCAAAUAUACCCAAUAGUCCUAUUUAUAAAGUUCAAAUCGUUCAAGCAGAUCAAAGAGGUGAAAGACACGAGGUACCCGGCUGAUAAAGUGUCUGCAAAGGCGGCUAAAGAGAUGUAUGAGCAUGGACUUAAAGUUGAAAAUGAGUACAGGAGUUAUAUUUCAGCUGAAAUUCCCGCCGGCGUGAACAUCGCAUACAUGUGCACACAAAUCAAGGAAGCGGUCGAAGAGGAGCAGAACAAAACCUUAUGGGUACCUUCCGUGCAGGCCUGACCCCUGCCCCCCACUCCGCCUUCCCCAAAAAUACCUCCUUCUCCACCCAGAAACAAAUCCGUCACCUUCUGCUCCCACUGCAAACAUGGCAACAAAGAAAACAAUGAAUCGGAUGUCGAUGUCAGAUACUACUCAGAUCCAGGC